AUGGGGGGACGGAAAAUUAAAACUCUGCCGAAUGUCGUUAUAUACAACGCAGUCAUUGAUGGCCUUUGUAAAGAAGGGCUAGUAAGUGAGGCAUCUAAGUUGUGUUCUGAAAUGAUCAGGCGAGGAAUAUCUCCAGAUAUGGUUACCUAUAACACUUUAAUCCAUGGUUUCUCCAACACCAAUCAAUUGCAACAAGCCGUUAGGUUGUUAAAUGAAAUAGUCAUGAAAGACAUUAGUCCUGAUCUUUAUACUUUUAAUAUACUAGUUGAUGCAUUUUGCAAAAGGGGGAGGACCAUGGAAGCUCAAUCUGUCCUCGCUAAGAUGAUGAAAUGUUUUGUAAAACCUGAUGUUAUUACCUUUACUUCUUUGAUGAAUGGUUACUGUAUGAGGAAUGAUGUUAAUGAGUCCAUAGCAGUGUUCAAUAAGAUGAUCAGAGCUGAUUUGACACCUACUGUUUGGAAUUACAAUAUAUUGAUUAAUACACACUGUAAAUUAAAAAGGAUGGAUGAAGCCCUAGAUUUGUUUAAGGAAAUGCGCUGCAAGAAUUUAAUGCCUGAUACAGUCACUUACAACUCUCUUAUUGAUGGCUUGUGCGAAGCUAAGAGAAUGUCACAUGUGAAAGAUCUUGUUUAUGAGAUGCGUUGUAAUGGUCACGCUCCUAAUAUAAUAACCUGCAAUAUCUUGUUGGAUGCAUUUUGCAAAACAAAACUUCUUGAUGAGGCGAUUGCAUUAUAUCAGCAAAUUGUCAGUCAAGGAAUGAAACCUACUGUACAUACAUAUAGUAUACUAAUCGAUGGUUUGUGCAAAGGCGGUAGGUUGCACUUGGCACGUGAGAUCUUUGAAUUGCUUCUGACUGAAGGUCAUCAUGUAGAUGUCUAUACUUACAGCAUUAUGAUGAAUGGACUUUGCAAAGAAGGCCUUUUCGAUGAUGCAUUGACAUUGCUUUCAAAAAUGAAAGAGAAUGGCUGCCUCACUGAUCUGGUGACAUUUAGAACACUUGUUGGAGCUCUUUUGAUGAAAAAAGAGAAUGAUAAAGCAGAGUUGAUUAUUCAUGAAAUGAUAGAUGCAGGUCGUCUUAAACAAUAA